AUGGGGGCACGGACAAGCAUGUCAUCAUAUUUCGAGGAGUUCAGCAAGAAUUUAGACUGCGCCAUCUGUCAUGAUAGAUUCACUAAGCCCAAGUUUCUGGAAUGCAUUCACAGCUUCUGCCAGCACUGCUUGGUAGAAAAGGUAAAACACGGUGGAGAGGAGGACAACGUAAUCAGUUGUCCCCUCUGCCGACACAAAACUAAGCUUUCGGAUAAAGGGGUAGAGGGUCUCAAGACCAACUUCUACUUGGUCGAUUCGCUCGAAUGCGUCUCACUGAAGGAAAAGGUUGCCAUGCCACUCAACUGCAUGGAGCUGCUGUGUGAAGUUUGUGAGGAGAGCAAGGAGGCGAAGCGACGCUGCCUGGACUGCGCUCAGAACAUCUGCUCCGACUGCACAAAGAGGCAUCGAAAAACUACCGCCACAUCGGGACAUGCGGUCGAGACAUUGGAAGACAUACGCAAGGGGAGGGUCGCCGUGAAAAAAAAGCCAGAGGAAGAUGAGCUGAGGUGUUCGAAACACAAAAGAGCAGUGAAUGAGUUUUAUUGCAAGACGUGCGACGAGUUGAUCUGUACCUCUUGCACCGUCGUAGGGCAUCGCAGGCACAAGUACGUAGAAGCGCCCGAAGCACACGACGCUUAUAAAAAGUCUCUCCAAGGAAAACUUGAGGGUUUCAAACAGCAGAUAUUGCAGCUUCGACUUUCCUUGGAAAUCGCACGCGAGGUAAAGCACGACCUCAACUGCGAGGCAGAAACGGCCGUGGGCACUAUACAACAGAGAGCAGAUGAAUUGAUUGAUGGCAUUAGAAGCAUCCAAAAUGAGCGCAUUGAGGCGUUUGACGCUUUUUCCGACAAAGUCACCGAAUUGCUUGAAAGAAAAAAGGACACAUUUAACACCGCCCAGGAAAUCGUUAAGGAUGCGGCGGAGAGCGUGUUCCUCUCAGUAUAUCCCGUGAUCAGGAAAGACGUCGAUUUCCUUUGCCGCCUCAGCGCUCCGAGAGUCGACUAUCGCCUUUCGUAUUUGGGGUUCAGUGCGGGCGAUGAUGAUGAUUGGCCGGGCAAGAUCCAGCAGCCGACGGCGGCGAGUCGGUGGGAGUUGCUCCGUGAGCUCGGCAAGAGAGGAGACGGUCCACGCCAGUUCAGCUUUGCCCGGGGUAUAGAUGCGCUUGGACCUAACGAGCUCGUGGUUACAGACUACGAAAACAAGCGAGUGAUGUUCUGUAGCAUAGACGGGGAUUCUGACUCGGUGGCUUCCAGCAUACAAUUGGAGGAAGAUGCGAUCGACGUGGCUGCCACUGGCCAAAAAAUUGUGGUAGUAGACAGCAGCGUUGAAGUCAAGAUCCUGAAGAGGGAAGAUUCUAAAGAGGGAUAUAAGGAUUCUGGAGAGAUUCUGGAGUUUGACGAGACGCCGCUUAGCCUGCGCAGCGUAGCCAUAAAGAAUGAUGGUGUCGUCGUAGUGGGUGACAUCAAGAAGAAGGUGCUGACAGAGCACAAUCCUACCAAUGGCAGGUUCUUGCGCACCAUACCCGUGAAGAUUGAGCCGUACUUCUUGGCUGUCGGCAGGGGUGGUCAGGUCGCGAUCAGUGGACUUGAAAACGAAGUUAAAGUCAUCGCCUCUAAAGACAACGAGUAUUUCUCCGUCAGGCCGAAGAUCGGUGGCAAACCAGCCCGCGUGUGCACCGCCGGCGUAUGCUUCGAUAGUCAGUCAGAUCUCUACAUCGUCGUGGACAAAUUCACAUCUGAUGCUGAUGGUAAGAAGGCUGCUGUUGAUGAUUUCUACGAUGAUAUUUUUGAGGAUGAUGACAAUGAUGGUGUUGAUGAAAUCACGGGUCACAUUCACCGCUAUAAUGGUGUUGAUGGCACGUUUCUGGGCUGUAUCAUCCAGGAUUUGCAUAAUCCACAGGGCAUUGUUUUCACAGAAGACAGGCGCCUUGCGAUAGCAGACCUCUACUCGGUGAAGAUUUUUCACAAGGUGUAG